UGCGACUUAAAAAAAAGGGUAAGAAGAAGAAGACGACGAAAGCAAAAUCCCCAAUUCCGAAAAACCAAACCCUAAACUCCUCCCUCCCUCAUUCCAAUCCGUCAACUUCCUUCAAUUCUUUCACAACUCAAGAGACAUUAAAUUAAACCCCAAAACAGAUUCUUUACACCAACCGCCGCGCCGAAUUCGCGACUUAACUCGUCGCCGCCAAGGCCUCCCAGCGGCGAGUCAUCCUCGCGGCCAACAGCCAUCUCCUAGCCGUCGCCGUCGUUGCCGCAUUUCGACCACCUGCCGGAAGUUUCCGUCGCCUAGGCUCGCGACAGCAAGCUGCCUCCGACUCAAGACUACGACAGCAAAACUUUCAAUCCAACCCCUCUCCUGACUCGUCCUCCACUCGUCCAGCCGCAAGGCUUAACUUUGUCGGGACUCACCACCUCUACAGACUCAAUCGACACGGCCACAAGCAUCAGUCAGAAACAAUUGUAUUCCCUAUUCCCUUUUUCUAUUUCUUAUUUAUUGUUUCAGAAAUUAUGUGAACAUGUGUUGGGGAAUUAAGAGUAGAAAAAUGGUUUAUGUCGUAGGUGUUUGAGGGUUGAAUUUAUACAAAACUUGAAGUUUCUAUUGUUUAGUGCAAUGUGUGCAUGUCUGUGAAAAUUCUGUAUUGUAAUACAUGUUGUGAAGCAUGGAAAUUUAUUAUUGUCCUCCAAAAAUUUAUGAAAGAGUCUACCGGUGGGUGUGAUGAAGAUGAUUUGAAUGUGCACUGACAAGCGGAUUGAUUCAUUUUUAAGCAUUGUGCGAUAAUGGAGGAGUCUCAGAAAAGAAGGGAAAGGCUGAAGGCAAUGCGAAUUGAAGCUGCUAAUACAGCAGUUAAUGCCGACACUGAUAGUUUAUUGGCAUCUGGUGGCCUUUCAAACCCUCUUGUUGAAGGAGAAAGCACUUCCAUUCCAACUAAAUGUUUUUCUCCAAGAUUUGAUUAUUAUACUGACCCUAUGGCAGCAUUCUCUGGAAGUAGGAGAGAUAACAUCACUCCUCAGGUCUCACACGGACACUUCAACAUGCUCCCGAGACCUACACAUCAAAAUAUGUCUCCAGGACCUACAUAUCAAGGUAUGACUCCGAACCAAUCAUAUCAACCUCCCGGUGUUAACCAUCCUGAUCAAAGGAUAUUCCAAGCACCGGGAGCAAAUUUCAAUCAGAGUCCUCUUGGGCGACCAAUGGAAUUGGCAGGCAGACCACAAGGUAAUCCUCCACAUCAAAAUAUGACUCCGGGACCUACAUAUCAAAGUAUGACUCCAAACCAGUCAUAUCAACCUCCAGGUGUUAACCGUCCUGAUCAAAGGAUAUUCCAAGUGCCGGGAGCUCAUUUCAAUCAGAGUCCUCUUGGGCAGCCGAUGGAAUUGGCAGGCAGACCACAAGGUAAUCCUCCAAAUGCCUGGGGUGGACCAGGCGCCCUUAACUAUACAAGCCCAUCAAACAUGUCAAGAGGUAGGCAUUUUGGUAAUCGUAGCUUUGGACAAGAGGAUCAUCCUUAUUAUGGUAGAGGCAGAGGUCAGAACUACUACAGUAGUAACCAUGCAUCAGGGCAUGGAGGAAGCAGGCAUCCUGAGCCUGGUAGAGGCAGGGGUCUGUCACUUGGUAAUAGCACAACUCCAGGUUCAAGAAUGAGUGGCAGGAGAGGAGGGUCACAUGAGUAUGUUUCAGCAGAAGAGCGACCAGAUUUGUAUUAUAAAAAGGAAAUGGUAGAAGAUCCAUGGAAGAUGUUGACUCCUAUUAUUGCGAAGGAUACUCACGCACAAGACACUGAUAAGUCCUGGCUUCCGAAAUCCAUUACUAUGAAAAAAGCUAAAGUUUCUACUGAAGAUCCACAGACAUCAAUUUCUCAGCAAAGCCUUGCUCAAUACCUGGCUUCUUCAUUCAGCGACUCAACUGAUGAGCCCGUUCACAACGAGCCGAGUACAUGAAGGAUUUUUUUCUGAUAAUCCCCUAAUGUUGCUAUUCAGUUUCCAACGUCUAGGAAACUAGAAAGUUUUGUAACUAUCAGGCCAGAUGUAUACCGGAUUCUAUUGCUGAUUCUUAGAUGUCAGAUUUUCAGUUUGGCUUAUAAAGUGAUAUUAUAAUUGAGUUCA